CCCGGCAUGGACCCGGCGGCCGAGCACCGGCAGCAGCUCCGCAGCCUGCGGGACUUCCUGCUGGUCUACAACCGCAUGACCGAGCUCUGCUUCCGCCACUGCGUCUGCAACCUCAACUACCGGCUGCUCACGGGCCGCGAGGAGUCGUGCCUGGACAGCUGCGCCGCCAGGCUGGUCCGCGCCAACCACCGCCUGAUGGGCGCCUACGUGGGGCUGGUGCCCUCGCUGCUGCAGCGCCGCGCCGCCGAGCACGCGGCUGCCGCGCCGCCGGCCGCACCGCCGGCCGCCGCUGAGCCCGCGCCGGGCCCCGCGGAAGGCGCUCCCGCUGCCGGCACGUAG